GAUGACAUCAUUGAUGCUGUCCGCGGUGUGAGCGGAAGGACUGGGUGUGAGGAGGGGAGCGACGCUGCAGACAGGAGGAGGAGGACCUGUUUUCAUCUGCCGGGGUUUCCUCCACAAACAAGAAGUGCAGUUCAUUCAAGCUAUACGUCGCGUCACAGACAGUCUUCUCCGCGGGUCCGCUGCUGUUUUGAGGGUUUUUUAGUUUUUUGUUGUUGUUUUUUUUUAAAGGAGGGGCCGGAGGGUCCUAGAGCUGUGAGGUGAUGAGCCGUCCCGAGCCGCGGAGACACGCCGCUGUCCAUGAUCCUGAGUGAGGGGACGGAGGCACCACAGGGCCGUUCAGUAAGACAUUGACAGAAAGGACAGAUGGAGGAAACACGAUCAAAUUAAAAAGGCCUAGCAUUCAGAGGUGCAACUAAAAGUCAGUUGAAGCACUCAGGACAAAUGGAGUUACGCGUGGGGAACAAAUACCGCCUCGGGAGGAAGAUAGGGAGCGGAUCCUUUGGAGAUAUUUACCUCGGUUCAAACAUCGCUACGGGAGAGGAAGUAGCCAUCAAACUGGAAUGUGUCAAGACCAAACACCCACAGCUGCACAUCGAGAGCAAGUUCUACAAAAUGAUGCAGGGUGGACUGGGAAUUCCACUUAUAAARUGGUGCGGGGCAGAGGGAGACUACAAUGUUAUGGUAAUGGAGCUGCUGGGCCCCAGUUUGGAGGAUUUGUUUAACUUCUGCUCCCGAAAGUUCAGUCUGAAAACAGUCCUACUUCUGGCUGAUCAGAUGAUCAGUAGGAUUGAAUACAUCCACUCCAAGAACUUCAUCCACAGAGAUGUGAAGCCGGAUAACUUCCUGAUGGGGCUCGGGAAGAAAGGCAACCUGGUCUACAUCAUCGACUUUGGCCUGGCCAAGAAAUACCGUGACGCCCGAACGCACCAGCACAUACCCUACCGUGAAAACAAGAACCUCACUGGCACCGCGCGCUAUGCCUCCAUCAAUACCCACCUGGGUAUCGAGCAGUCAAGAAGAGACGACCUGGAGUCCCUGGGUUAUGUUCUCAUGUACUUCAACCUGGGCUCUCUGCCGUGGCAGGGGCUCAAAGCUGCAACCAAGAGGCAGAAGUAUGAGCGCAUCAGCGAAAAGAAAAUGUCCACCCCCAUCGAGGUGCUCUGCAAAGGAUACCCUUCGGAGUUUUCCCUCUACAUGAAUUUGUGCCGCUCUCUGCGAUUCGAUGACAAGCCUGACUACUCGUAUCUGAGGCUCCUCUUCAGGAACCUUUUCCACAGACAGGGCUUCUCUUAUGACUACGUCUUUGACUGGAACAUGCUGAAGUUUGGGGCCGGCAGGACACCAGAAGACGGGGAGAGAGAGAGAAAGGACGGGAAAGAAGGCGAGGAGCGAGCAGUCGCAGGUCAAAAAGCUGCCGGGGGUCGAGCUUUGCCUCACGGUCCCAACGCCUCUGCGGCCAACCGGGUCAGGAACGAGCCAGAGACCACUCCUUCUAAUCCCCCAGCACGUGGGGUCCAACCGUCAGGAAACCACUCUCCUCAGGCAGGGAGAGCCGAACGAGCCGAGCGAGAGAGGAAGGUGGCCAUGAGGCUUCACCGCGGCGCCCCCGCCAACAUCUCCUCCUCUGACCUCAAUGCACGUCUCGACCAAUCACGUGUCAAUGCAUCACAGGUCAAUGUGCCGUUUGAACAUCUGGCAAAGUGAGUUUCCCUUCAGUGGCCUGCAGCAGCUGAUGGCCAUCAACGCCCCCCCAAACUUUUUCAGAUGAAUGAAUGAAAAUAUGAACGAGUGAGGGAGGAGGACACACAUUGUGUGGACUGUAAACGGAGAGCAUCUGUCCCUGUGUCUGCCAGUCUGCGGUGUGAGCAUGCUCAGUGCGAAAGCCUUUUGAGAAGAAAGAAAACCAGUGAGAGUCACAACCUUCAUACCUGGUUCUGCUUUCCAAGUUCCUGUCAGAUGGAGGGAUGUUGGAGAAAAAAAAAGACACAAAGUCGUCCAGGCCUUCUUCGCUCUUAUUUAUCUUCACAUCCACUCAGAGGUUCCAGCUGCACAAAAAAACGGGCCUACAAUCAAAAUUACUUGGUUUACACAAGAAUUCAUGCAAAAAUAUAAAUCAGAUUUUCUGUUUCAGAGCUAAAUCCGCUGCUUCUGGUGUUACCGACUUCCUUUAUAUCUGUGAACCACCUAAAAACAAACACAAAGGUCUUAUCAGACCUUUAACAGAAGAAGAUGCUGUGGUGUAGAUCAAAGAAAGUGAAUGAGAGAAAUUCUGUUGAUCGGUGGAYAGAAGAAGCCAGACGUGUUCAUCUGCGAUAUUCUAAACCUUUGUUUCCUUUUCAGCUUUGCUUUAGAGAGCCUAAGGAGAGAAACAAUGAGAGAGAAGUGACGAACAGAAAACGGGUUGAACGAUCCUUUUAAGUGAGGUGGAAAUCUUAACUAUUCCUUGUGAAAAUACGGACAACAAGGAGGACUGUACAAUAYGAUGAAACCGUAGUCCAGCUUGAAACUCCGGACAUGAAAAGUCUUGAGAAAGUCUGGUGUUACAUUUCAUAUCAUUUCUACUCCUUUUUUCAUUGUGGACACCAUGUACAGUAAAUGUGUAGCUACAUUUUUGACUGAAUGUGACAGAUGUAUUGAAGAGAAGACUAUAAAUGUAUCAUUCUUGCACCUCUGAGGGAAAGAAGGAGAAAUCUCUAAAUAAAAUGUUAUGGUAAACCUUAAGAGUCUGCCAAGAGUUCUGAUGAUCACUCUGACAGGCAAUGACUGAGAGCUUCUUGUUAAUAGGAUGAAGAGUAUUUAGAAGAUAAAAGUCUGUAUGGUAGAAUGUCCUGUAUAUUUAUUUACCAUGCUUUAUACUUGUGUAUAUUUUCUGAUUAAAUAAAAAUGUACACGCCCUACUA